AGGCGUGGCCAGCACUAAUAAAGCUGGGCUCCGGCGCGGCAGCUGCAGUAAGUUGCACCGCAGCUAGACCGCCUGGUGGUCAGUGGGAGGCGGAGCUCCACAGUUCCGUCCGAUUCAGCCGCAGCGUUUCUCCGCCGGGUGUCUCGCCGCAGCCUCCAGAGAGGAGUUGGACUCUCACUCCUGUCAGAAAAAUGUCUGCUCCAGCUCAGCCACCCACUGAAGGGACAGAAGGGACUGCCCCUGGUGGAGGUCCCCCUGGCCCUCCUCCUAACAUGACCAGUAAUAGACGACUACAGCAAACCCAGGCACAGGUGGAGGAGGUGGUGGACAUCAUGCGUGUGAAUGUGGACAAGGUCCUGGAGAGGGACCAGAAACUAUCAGAACUGGAUGACCGAGCUGAUGCCUUACAGGCGGGAGCAUCGCAAUUUGAGAGCAGUGCUGCCAAGCUAAAGAGGAAGUAUUGGUGGAAAAACUGCAAGAUGAUGAUCAUGCUGGGAGUUAUCUGUGCCAUCAUCGUGGUAGUUAUUGUAAGUAAGUAUCGCUGAGGUUGCUGAUGGGGUGAAGAGGUGGGAAGGUCCCGGAAUCUUCUCCCAGCCCUGCCUGCCUGCCUGCCUGCCUGGGGAGUGGGGCUGCUCUGACUGAGGUAUGGAGACUGCUGCUGGGGAUCAUACCUGGUUUGGGAGGGAGGAAGGGUAAAGACAAGGAAUUUCCUUGGUAGACAAGCCUUCUCCUUGUAAGGCAUUGUGGGGAGAUGGCCCCUUGUGUUCUGAGGAAGUGGGGCUAUGCUGUUUGUCACUGGCUUGGGUCAGAGGGAGACCUUGGGGCUGGGGCACCUGCAACUGAGAGACUUGAACAUCUAGUAAUUUGAUGUAAUUUGCCCUCUUGUUUUCUCCUGUCUCUUUUUCUUCUCCAUCUGGGACCUCCUGAUUCCUGUGUCCAGUCUACUUUUUUACUUGAGAAUGUGCCACCCCUUCCCUGUUCUCCAUUGCCAUUCAAGCUCAUGUCCUUCUCCCUCUGUUUGCUCUCUCAACAAACUUCCCCAUCUGCCUUUCUCCAUCCCAGCCCAGGCUUCUCCAUCAUCCAUUCUUCCUUUUUUGUUGCAUUCAUUUGCAUUCUGUCCCUCAAUACUAGAAAUGCUGCUCGUGGUACAGUCUUGAAGUCACUACCUAAAGAUCAACAGCUGACGCCUCCUUCCUUUCUCCUUCUCAUGUACUCUUAUGUUCCCCCAUACCCUAAAGGAGUUGGCUGCCAAGGGGAGGGAGAAUAACUGAGGUGAAGUGCCCAAGAAGCUGGUAAGGUUGUUGGGGAGAAGAAGGGUAUUGGUGUCCAUGAGUGUCUCCUAGAAAGGCCAGGUCUCUGGCAGGAGGGGACCAUGAAUAGUUGGGAAGUGGUGGCUUGCUCAGUGCUGCACUUGCUAGCUUUUCUCUUGUGCCAGGCCUUUAGAGAGCCCUGGGGUUCUGUCCAAAGGCCAAUCUGGUCCUAGUGCAGUACCCUUUUAGAAAAUCAAAUCUGUUUUUUGCAGUUAUUGCUAAUCUUUCAGCCCAAGAUUUUCUAUGUCUUUCAGGAAUCUUAUAGUCUUUUACUUUGUUCUCUAUUAGCCUGGAAAACAAGCACUUGUUGAUUACAAAACUACCAGGAGACUCUCAUUUCCAUCCUAGAAGCAGACCUAUUUGCUUCUAACUGGAAGGAGCUAUCUCUCUUUGAUGUUUUCUGCAGCAUUCUAUAUUGUUCAUGAGAGCAUCAAAUAAUUGCAACUAGCCAGAGUUUGGUGCUUGUGAUUUAUUUUAAUUACUGGAAUAAAGAGAGAAUACCUGUUAUAGAGAAACAGUAAGUAAAGGGCCUAAUUUGAGAAUAACAGGCUUUCAGGAAGCCACUUCUUGCCCUCUCUUUAAAGAAGGUCCCGUUCCUCCCUUCCUGUUGAUAAAGAAAUGUGAGGCUGCUAGAGGUAAGGUCCUAGACUCCCAUAGAAUUCUUUUCUCCACACCAUCCCUGUGAGCCCUGGUUGAUUAUAAAGAUUUAGAGAAGUCCAGUAGGUCCACUAACUCAGUGGGAGGAGUGGGAGGGUUGAGAGUCUGUGACAGGUGUAUUUUUAUAUUGUUAUACUAUCAUGGGCCCCUUGCAUCUGGAGCCACCUCUCUGUUCUUUCUGCAGUAUGCUCCCCUUCUGAACUGCCCUCACCCAUCUGAAUCCCACAUUGCUUCCUGUCUUUCUCCUCUUUGCUUGCUUUGUGUGCAUAGACAGUGGAACCUGAGGAUGGGAGCUGCUUAGCCUAUCUUGGGGACUACUGCUGAACUUCAGGAUAGCAUGUUACAUGGGAUAAAACUGAGGUGCUAGGGGAGGAGGGAAGGCUGGGAACAGGAAGGGGAAGACCCAUAGCAGUGUUUCCCUCUGUCCUCUGGUCCACAAUCAGAAAGAGUCUGAGGCCAUGCUGGGCUGGGUCUGAAUGCCCGCUUUCCAUGCAGCAGCAUUUCAUUGUGCAAAACCAUUCUUCCUUUCUUUUUGCCCCCUUUCCCAUAUUUCCUUCGUCCUGCCUAGGGCAGGACUGAAGAGCUGGAAGAAAGCAGUCAGUGUACCCUCCCAGCGUUCCCCUCGAAGGUCUCCACUCUCCUCUGGGCUCCUCCUUGCCUAAUGCAGGGGGUCACCGCUGGAGAAGAACCACCACUGUCCAAGAUGUGUCCCCAAGCCUGGAGCAAAUUCACCCUCUUGGUCCACCCAACCCUAUCAUGGGAAUUAUUUUCUGGGUUUCUGUCCCUCUUGAGGCUCACCAAGUAUAGUUGGCUUUGCUCUUUUGGGGGUAAUAUCCCUUCUUUCUUUCUCAUCCCACCCUGAAUCCUCUUCUGUGUCUUUGCUCUCCCACUUCCCUCCCACCACCCAUGUGCAUGAGCAAAUAUGCAACUAAACCCCGGGACUCUGCAGUCAAAUGAAGCCGAGUUUCCCACAUCCCUUUCUUCAGUUUGCCAUGAGAUGAUGUGGGGUUACCACUGUGUGUCUGUCAUUACCUCUUUGUCUUUUUUCCAAACCCCAAUCUCAUACUUGUAUAGAGUAAUAACAGUUGUACUUCACCAAAGGCAUGUGGCAUAUUUACCAAUUUCAUGUAUUCUGAACAAAGGCAAAAAAUACAACUAAUUCCUACCACUAAA